AUUUUAAGUUGGUACUUGCAUAGACGUAUUUCGGUGCCACUUUCAAAUUUUAAAUCCUUAGAUUCCCGUGGCGAAUAAGAUUUUCUCCUAAUUUAAAUAUAAAAUUUGUUCGCUAUCGAUCCGCUCCUAUUGACUGCAGUCAAGUCUCCAAUCUAGUCCUUCGCUGAGAUGAUAAUCAGAUGUAUUUUAACCGUCUGCCUCCUCUAUGCGGCACUUUUGACCUUUGCCGAGGCAUUUGAAAAUGCAGUGCAGACUCUGCUAAAUAACAGGUGUCCGGGAAUUUAUUGUGGACGUCAGCAACUGCCUGAUGGAAACUGGAGCCAGUGCGGCGCCUGUCCGAGAGGCUUCAGGGCAAACACCUCUUCGUCUGCAUGUGUACCCUGUAACAGCAACCCAACGCUGUACGACUGGAUGUAUUUAGGAUUCAUGGCGCUGCUCCCUUUGACCCUGCACUGGUACUACAUAGACUCCUACUUGCAGUCAAGACUUUUCAUCCACCAGCAAAAUGACGGGCCGAGUUUCACAAAGGUGUCCCUUUCAUUUCACGCAGCAGCCUUUGUUGAAGUUUUGCUGUCUGUGAUAUUGACGCUACUACUGAUGGAGCCAAAGGGCUCUUUAAAUGUCCAUUCGUGUCCGUCGUUUCACCUCUCGGAUUGGUAUACAUUGCUGCACAACCCCAGCCCUGACUAUAGAUACACAUUGCAUUGCACUCAAGAGGCUGCUUAUCCAUUGUACUCGAUGGUGUUUGUAUUUUAUGCUCUCUGCGUGGUAGUCAUGAUGUCGAUCCGGCCCUUCCUCGUGUGGUUCGUCAUUCCCUCCCCUAGCAAAAGGUCAAAGCCAACUUUGCCGCUGCCGCUUCCAAGCCAUGGAAAAGCCACCAUUUACUCAGCACUCUACUUUCUGCCCAUUCUUGCACUACUUCAUGCUCUCCUGGCUGGCUUAAUUUACUAUUCCUUUCCCCACGUUAUGAUAGUCGUUUCUCUCAUCUCCAGCGCAGUUCAUUUUGCUUGCAAAGAGGAUCAGUCGGCAAAAAAGCUCUUUAAGUCGACGGUAUCGAACAUCCGGAACAUGGUCAUCCUAUUAGGUCACUGGCUCUUGCACGCUUACGGAAUUUCCUGCAUCAUUCCAGUGAGCGAAGUGGCAACGCACUGGCCUGUGUUUCUGCUUGUGCCCCUGCCCGCUCUCUUCUACAUCCUCACAGCCAAGUUCACGGACCCAAAAAAAGUGCACAGUGACUGAUCCAGGUGGGAGCCGGCAAGGUCUGUUUCCAUGAGACACAAUGAGGCUUGCUGGUCGGGUGAGCCUCAGUUGGUGUCUGUGUCAGUGUUCUAAGGUACAGCAAUUUCUUUUAUUUUUAUGUUAUUUUAAUUGUAGAAGACUAAUCAGCGGAGAUUUUUUUACUUGUAGUUGGAAUUUAGCCUGAUGUGGGCUGAAUGUAGUUUUAAGUUUCUAUUAAUUUUGAAUUUGUUCAUUUUCUGAACACUGAGGAAGCAGAGCUAGACGGCAUUAGAAACUGGCUGUGAUUUAAAAUUUAAGGGACAGUUUGCUUCGUAAAAUGCAUUUAAUUAUUGACUAUCUCUCAAUUUGCACCCUGGAACAAACUCAAAUAAUUACUCGCUGUUGACUAAUCAAAUUAAACAAAGAUAUUUUUAUAAUACAAGAA